AUGCCUCGGUACGAGCUGGCCCUCAUCUUGAAGGCGAUGCAGCGGCCGGAGAUGGCGGCUUGUCUGCGGCGGACAGUGGAGACUUUAAUGGAGCGGGGCGCCGUUGUGAGAAACCUGGAGAACCUUGGAGAGAGACAGCUGCCCUACAAGAUGACCAAACACAACGAGAGGCACACCAGAGGGGCCUACUUUUUGAUUGACUUCUACUCGGCUCCCAAUAUCCUCAUUGAGCUACAGGAUCACCUUCACCGUGAUAUCGACGUGGUGAGGCCCACCGUGCUGAAGAAGGACGACCAGGUCCCCGAUAGAAAAUGCUGUGGCCCCCAACACUGA